CGGCUGCUCUUUCCUGGCCGUGCCUUUUGAACAUUUUCAUCGGAAUUUUCCUCGGUGCAGUUUUCCAGAGGAAAAUAGUGUUUAGUGUUCGAUUGCCCGAUUAUUGCUCGGCGGAAAACUCACAACUUGGACCGUCUUCAGUUACAAAGGAGCUCAAGACAAGUUUCUAAUGCAACCAGAUUGACUCAGUACAAUUUAUGUGGCUUAAUUAAGUCAGUUAUUUAAAAAAAAAAAAAAAUCUAGUACAAUUAUGUCUGGAGGACCACCACCACAUCAUCCCCAUAACAGACAUGUGCCCCCUGCUACUUCAGCUUGGAAUCAUUUACCAAGUCAUAAAAUAAGUGUUCCCAGCUAUUUUCCAAGACAACCGCAAGCAGCUCAUAUGCAAGCAGACCAUCCUUUACUCCACCAACCCACUUGGCACACACCGACAACCACCGAGGCAAUGAAAUUGAUGCCGCACGCUCAAAUGUUGAAUGAAAUGUUCAAAAACGAAAGCCUGUUUCCAAGAGAUUGUGUCGAUCUUAGUCUCACUAGGAAUGGUAAUCAAAACGGAGAACCUCCUCCAACUCCAAGCGCAAUUAGUCUAAGUGUACGCGACACAAGCAAAAUUAAUAGUUUGUUAGACCUUCAAGCUAUGGAACUAACAAAAAGUGCUGGCCCAAACUUAAAAAAAGCUAUCAGUCCAGGUUCUAUUGGAUUAAAGGCUACUAGUCCUGGAUUAUUAGUUGGUUCGGGACCUUUAAUGAACCUCACUCCAACUCGCAAAUCGCUGAGUCCCGCGCCAAAAUCCUCUAGUCCUGGCUUAAAUUUGGGUUUACCAGCCACAAUUUCUGCUCCGGAUUUAAGCAAAAAGCGCAGCAACAUAAGGGUGGAUUCCAUCUUGGAAAGAUUGAAUCCCACUCCAGAAAAAACAUUCCCAUUCCAUGAAAUUAUUAAACACGACCAGCUGCCAACUACUACAAGUAUAACAAUUGUGCCAGCAGAAAAGUCUCAUGGUGUAAUUGUACAAGCGGCUAAUUUUGAUGAGAAUAGUAAUUCUAGUGGAACAACUGUACCUACUCCAAAAGAGGAAGAUUCGGCAUCAAUGCAUAGUAAUGAAGACAGUUUGGAUAGUACAAAAUCCAGACGAAAAAGAAAACCAAGUAAAACUGUAAGAGUCAAUAAGGAGGAUGACAAUAAAGCAGAGCCUUAUAGUUUAAAUCAUACACCUACAUCAGAUCCUGCAACUAUAGCUAACAUUUUAGAAGGAACACCUUCAAAGGUAUCAGAACGUAUAGAUACUAGCUCAGUGGAUGAGUUGGAUGGAGUUCUACCAGCCAAAGCAAGGCGGAAAACUUCUAGUGAAUCGGAAACUUUGGACGAUAUUGCUGCUAUGGUUCAGGAAGGCUUGAAGGCUGAAGAACAAGUUAAGGCUGAUUCUGGGUUAAUUGUAAAAGAGGCAGAAACGCUUGCUAAUAAUAAAGAGGCAAUGGUUGACCAGGAAUUAAAGUCUGAGCCAAAGCCAUUAGAAUGUUCUAAUGCAGUGGAUUUAUUGCCGAAAACUCUAGAGCUAAAAAACUCUAGUUCCAGUGAUAAAGUAAUCACCCUAGUAUUAAAUGUUGCGUCUGCUUUACCUGAUGGUAAUUCAAUGGCAAUAAAUGACGUUAAAGAUAACAUUGAAAAGUCUGAAAUUGUGACUGAAAAACAACCAGUGGAUGAAGAGGCAAGAUCUACUGAAUCGCCAACCACUACCAAACCAGUAACUGUUAGCGUAAUCAAAUCAAAAGAAAUAUUUUCUAGCCCUAAAGAGGUUGCAGCUCCUUUAGUAACGCCUGCACAAAAAAAAGCAUCCAUCACACAAAUUUUAGAGGUUGAAAACAAAUUAGAAGAAAUGUUUGCCGGUAUAGUAGAAGAAGACGAACCAAAACCAACUGAAAUCGAUUUGGAAACUGGUAAAAACGAUUCCUCUCUAGGGUUGACAGAUGAUAGCAGUUUUAUUGCAAAGGAAUUGCCUGUGCCAAAUGACUCAAUAAAACCUUCAGAAGAAUCACCAAAACAAGACAUUAAAAAAGAUGAAGAAGAAGACAAAAAAACGCCUAAAAAACAAAAAAUUAGGCCUAGCGAUUCGGAAUCGGCAGAAGUUCCAGCGAAAAAGAAGAGAUUCACAAAAACAAAAGGAUCGCCUAAAAAAGCGGUUCCUAGAAAGGGCUCCGUUACCCCAAAUAAGGCACUUAACAAAGUGUCUAGUUUAGAUUUAUCAUCCAAGGAUAUAAGCUAUUAUGACUCAAACAGUAAUGCUAGUUCCAGUAAAUCUCGAGGUCCAUUUGUACAGAUUCGAGGGCCUCGAGAUUCUCCUUUGUCAGUGAGUGUAGUAAACGCCCCAUUAGGUGACGAAGAUGGCGAAAGAAAAAUAAUUAAAAAUAAAAAAUUCCAUGACGAUAGUGAAUACAGGCAUAAAGUGAGAUCAAAAGGACUACAUUGCAGCACACUGAGUACAAAAUACGAUGCCGAAAGGAAAGAUGCCAGUUGGAUUUGUGCUUUUUGUAAAAGGGGACCCCAUGCUAGUGAACUUACUGGUCCAACUGCUAUGAGCGACGUCCCGCCUCCUGGAGAUUUGUUUGGACCUUAUGUUAUAACAACACAAUGUCCAGAGUUUGAAAAACGACUAGACGAUCCUUAUGAUAGGCAAUUCAAAAGUCGAAAAAUCACAAAGGUUUUGGACGCUGCAAAAUCCACCUCAAUCUCCAAAAAAACAAAAAGAAAGUCUGAAUCUUCAUCAGUGGACCCUACAGAUGCUCAUUUAGGAAUUACAGCUACCGGCAACAAUAACACCUUUGAAGUGUGGGUGCACGAAGACUGCAUGGUGUGGGGUUCUGGAAUUUAUUUGGUGGGGGCGAAAAUCGUGGGGCUCGAAGAGGCAGUUUGGACUUGUUCGAAUAUGUCUUGUUUUGGGUGUGGUUUAAAGGGGGCGAACGUAACGUGCGUGAAAAGGGGUUGUUUGAACAUUUCACAUGUCAGUUGUGCUCGUAGAGCCUCAUGGCAGCUCGAUGAGGAGAAUUUUAAAGCUUAUUGUCCAGAUCAUUUGCGUUAAUAGGUAACAAAAAUUGGGGUUUGUUUAGGCACUUUAGGCUGCAUAAAAAAAAAAAAUCGUUGGAUUUGUUUUAUUUUGUGUAAAUUAUCAACUAGUCAGUAAAUGAGAUUUAUUUUCUAUUAGUAGGUGCCUACAAAGUCUAAUUUUUGUUACAAUUCUAUUAUUUAAAAAAAAAAGAAAACGUUUAUAUUGUGAUGAUUUUAAAUUAUUAAGGUACUUUAUUACUUUAUUUUUCAACCCUUGUAUAAAUGCGGACGUGUCUGUUUCUUUAUUUGCAAGUUGUAAUUUUCUGGUAGAGGCGAGUAUUUCGAUAUUUUAACUUUAUUGGUUCAACUCUUUUUAUAAUAUUGUUUUAAAUGAUAUUGUAAAUAUACACGUUAGUUUACAAUUAACAUUUUAGUUGUAUAUUGUACAAAUAAAUGUAUUGUAUUUAUUGUUUGAUUUUUAUGUAUGUACCUAUUUUUACCUUUUUUGUGUUAUGUUGAAUUGUACACAAAACGUCUACUCUACAAGUGUUUUUGAAUUUCUCAUACUCCGAGUAUUUUUUCAAUCUCUAGAGCUUCUACACAAAAGAACAGAGCAUCACAAAUUUUGAAUGAAACAAACAAAAGUAUGUGUAUAUUGAACUUAAACUGAUCAACAUCGAGAAUUAACCUCAGGGGAGGAAAUAAAUACAACUUAUUAAAAAUAACAAUUUAAUUCCUAUGAUCCAAGAACAACGGUUACUUGUCUAUAUUAUUAACUUUACAGAACAAACUAAGAAACAGAAAUAACUGCAACAGAGAAUUACUUGUUUUCAACAUUCCAAAUAGUACGAUUUUCCUUUUUUGACAAAUAUAUCUGCAACAGUUAUUUCAUAUUAUCAAUUUUUAGAACAAUAAUUAUCUAAAAAAAAAAUUAGUCUUAAAAGCAUACAAAUUUACAAAAAAAUUUAGACAUAAUAAUAUUGUUUAUAAAGCAAAAAAAUAUACAACAUAAAGAGGAUUGUACAUAUUAUUGAAGAAAUCCACCACAAAUCAUCCUUUUUUUUUUAAAUAAUAAUAAAAAAUAUAAUACAUAAUACAAUAUUAAUAUUAAAAAAGUGCUAUAGGCUAGGACCAUGGUUUAAAGGAAGUUCACUGCCAGCACAUUAUUAUAUACAAUCAAACAAGUUACAAUUUCCAAAUCCUCUAUAAAACGAAUAUUAUUGCAACUUACAAAAUUAAAAAAAUAAAUUAUUCAAACAGAGAAGCAAGCACACAAAAAUUGGCAGUUUGUUUAAAAAAAAAAAAAGGAUUUUUCAUUCGUUCAUAUUGAGCUGAACAUCUAUUAUUUUUCUAUUAACACUAAUCCCUUCUUAUAAAAGUUCUACCACUGAAAAAAAAAAAAAUAAUUAGUAUUAGGUAUAGAGAAAAAUUUACUAAGAAAAAUCUUACGUGAUAGUCUUUUUGUCAGUUGACUUCGUCUCUGGUCUAGCCCUAUUAAGCACCUUAAGGAACUCGGAAGUCUUGGCCCUCAUCCUACUAUGAAUAUAAGCCUUUGAACACUUAAUGUGAUAGUGCAAAUAGUGCCUGAACAUAUGAAUCAAAUUGAUUGUGUUGUCCCUGGUAUUUUUCGCUGUGUGCCUUGGAA